AUUCCCUGUCCUGGCCGGAGGCAUGAAGAAGGGCAAAAUUGUGGCGCUGAUUACUGUUGUGGCAAUCUCCUGCACCCUACUGCGUACGUACCUGAGACAACCUGCGGACAACCAACUUACGUACCCUUUGACCUUUGAGGAAGUUGGUAGACUGAACAUUAGCUUGGAGAAUCUGGACUAUGGGCAGUUAGCCGCAAAUUGGGGACUUCCUGAAGACCAAGCUACCUGGCACAAUGACUCAAAUUUCACCGAUGUCUCAUACACUUUGGAACGUUCGCGGCAUGAUAAUAACAGCUCGAAUGCAGUGGCUGUGUGGAACCCGAUCAACUGCGAACAGCCGGAAACCCUAGCGAUUGUUAUUCCCUUUCGCGACCGUUAUCAAAACCUAUCUGUCUUUCUCAACCACAUGCAUCCCCUUUUACGACAUCAACGUCGACGUUACUCCAUCUUCGUCAUUGAUCAGAUUGCACCCCAUACCUUCAAUCGGGCAGCUCUCUUCAACAUAGGCUUCCUGGAGGCUUCAAAAAGGGCCAAUUUUUCCUGCUUCAUUUUUCAUGACGUGGAUCUUCUACCCGAAGAUGACCGGAUGGUAUACGCGUGUGAGGAUCAACCCUUGCAUAUGUCCGCUACUAUCGACAAAUUUAACUACAAACUAUUCUACAGCACCUCGUUUGGCGGCGCGGUUGCGUUGAGGAAGAAGCACUUUGAGGAAACGCUCGGCUUCGCCAAUACCUACUUCGGGUGGGGUUGUGAGGACGAUGACAUGAGCCGGCGACUGCAAUUUGCUGGACUAAAGUUAACACGCCGCAACUUCACGAUCGCUCGAUAUACAAUGAUGAAACACGGCAAGGAGAAGGGCAACCAGGAGAAUCCUAAGAGGCAAGUUGUUGGUGAAAGUACUUAUACACGUCAAGGAAAACCGUUCUUUGGGUAA